AUGCUGAUUAAUACAACCAUGGUCAAGUACGGGAUACAGCUUGCCGCUGACCCGCAGGGAACCCAUGUGUGCGCAACGACUGUCUCCAAGGAGGAUGGACCGUUCUCUUGCGUCAUGUGCGAAAAGCCCCUGGGCUUACGACAGGGAACCAAGACUAAGCACCAUUUCAUCCACAAGUCAAGGUCGUCGUGCGAGGGAAACUCGGACGAACAUCGGGCUCAGGCGGAAUCACUAGGUUCCAUUCCUGAAACUCAGGACCAGGAAACAAGCGUCGAAUCAGAACAGGUCUCGUCGGUGGAUGAUGAUUUUAUUGACGAACAACUUCACAAGCUUAUACCAGUUGAGAACCUUGCUGAGACCCCUGCUGAGACCCCUGCUGAGACCCCUGCUGAGAACCUUGCUGAAACCCAUGGGGCGGACGAGGUUGCCGAUCCAGAAGUACCCGGUCUCGAGUCGACAGAACUAACCGUGGACUCGUCGGUAUCGGUCCCCAACGAUGUCAUCGAAGAAGCCCUCGAUUUCGUCGUCAAUGAGGUACUGAAAGAAGCCAAGUGCACGGACUGUAAAAAGACGGGAUCGGGGUUCAACCGGAUGUUCACCGACGAGGCUAGGGAGAGGUUCGAUCUCAACGACCUGUACGUGUGUAGCGAUUGUAUCGUUCGGUGUCCAGCGUGCGACGGACCCAACUCGCAAAAGAGGUCCAAGAGGGACCCCCUGUGCUUCACUUGUCAUUUCCUCGUGGCUCAAUGGCAAGAGGAAGCAAACGAGGCCCUGGAAAGCAUGAGCCCUAUACCCGAAUCCCCCGACUGGGUGAAGGAAGAGAGGCGCAGCAUGGUUUUGAAGGUGCUCUUGAAGAAGCAAAAGGCUCGGGUGGUCUACGAUUUCAUGUGCUCCAGCAAGGACCGGAUCCCCGAGUACGUCCGGGUUAUCGGAGCGCAAGCCAAGGCCAACGCCGUCAAGAGGGCCCUGAGAAAGGAACGGAAGGAGUCCGAGAAGAUCCGAAAGCUAAAUGAGAAGAACAGGAACCGCAAGAUGGGUACCCAGGCCACCGAGAGGUACAACCUCAUGUUUGCAAACAAGAAAGAAAUUUGUGUUUGUGGGAAACAGAACAAGCGCCCCCAUGUGAUCCGGUACGCCUCCGUUUUAGGAUCGACCAAGUCCUCGUGCAACAAGUGCAGCAUCAAGUGCCCGGGUUGCUCUCAGCCGUGCACCAAGAACGACCUUGACAAAAAAACAUCGGCAUUAACGUGGACCUCCACUCCCAAAGUGAUAGUCGGUGGAGCCGCCGCAAAGACGGUUCAUCUCACGGGCCUCAAGGUGGGACAGGCAUACUACGUAAGGCUCGAGCGUUUCGAGAACGGUUCGUGGUCACUUCAAUCCUCGACCAACAGUGGAAAGAGCUACCUGCUGGUGACCACUCACUCCCUCAGUAUAAGUACCUCGACCUCGUCUAACUCGGCGGUCCUCAAGUGGGCGAAGAGGUCUCUCAAGAACAACUUCACGUACUACGCCGUGAUAAGCGCCAGCGAGGCGAUCAGCUCUGGAGGGGGCAAGUCGUUCGUUCUGACAAAAGAGAUCUCGUUCAAGACGUCUGCUUCCGUCAAUAUUUCCGUAGUAUCGACCUUUGCGACCUACGUCGACCUGUUCUGGGACGGGACUCUCGCAGGAAACGACGAGGAGGACUCGGUCGCCGAGUUUAAAAUCAGGAGGAGAAAGAACCCAUCGGGAUCAUACUCGGACUCCACACAAUGGAUGCCGGACUCGGUCACCAACACCAGGAUCACGGGACUCCAGCCGGGAACGUCGUACAGGUUUGCUCUUGUCCGACUCGACCUGGACGGGUCCCACCUUACUCAGGCGGUCGUCGACGUUGCUACGAAAACCACCAACAUGGUCGUCGAUGGGAUCAGCUCGACCACCGCCAAUAUCUCCUGGGAUGAUAUGUAUGAAGGAUCAUUGUUCCAGCUCGUCCACAAGGGGUAA